UUACUGAGGAACAUAUCUUGUGGUGAGUAAAUGCAUUACAUUGUUCUUGCCGCAACGAACUAAUUUGUCAAAUACAACGGACAUAUUUUGUAGAUAUGCUCGGAAAUAAUGUCUUCAGACAUUAUUUUUUUGAGCGGAGUUGUUCUCGUUCUAAGACUUCCACAAUUAAUGAAUGAAAUAUCUCACAAAUUAAUUACGCUUGAGAAGUCUAACUUGUCGUAAGCGAUGCAUCGCUGAUAGCCAUAUGACUAUAGACAUCGCUAGCUAUUCACAGCUAGUUUGUUUUCAAGGCGAAAUUGUAUCAAAUUCCGUAUGAAGAGCAAAGUUAGCAUUGCUACUGCAUGUAAGGUUGGUGAAGGAAUCAUAUAUGAUUCCCUAUCCUUACAAUAUUAUAUGGAUAAAUAUUGAGUCUGAAGUUCGGCGAGGUUAUACUAAGGCUGUGGUCUUAGUCGGAUUAUACUUCAUGUCAAGUUCAAUAUUCCCACUCUAAUGCUUAAUGCUGAGAUGUUGUGCAGGUCUAUGUCUCCCUCUGCAUCAAGGAAUAGCUGUAACUAGUUAAAGUCAUUGCCGAGACAUUAAAAUAACUUCACUGUAAAGAUUCAAAUUAUAAGCAUAAAAGGCUUUCGUUGCCUGUGUUAAUCUUUUCGAUAUAUAUAUCUCUGCAGGGAUCUAAUUUCUCUUUGAAAGCUGCUACUACUGAAUCAGGUAUGAGUUCCAAUCGUUGACCACCCUAUGAGGGAACCUAAAUUCCACACGUAUUUCAUUCGACCUCGGUUUGAGCACUUUCUUGUGGUGACUUCGUAAAUGUAUACUAGAGGGAGAGAAAAGGUUUGGAAAGUCAAUCCCUAAAUCACCCUUUAAUAUACGGUAAGUCAAAUUUAAGUCGCUUCUCCUCCUUCGGUAUCAUAUUUUGCUUAGAGUACUUGGAACAUAUCCUUGUCUAAUCGUUUGAAAUCCCUUCGAAGUGCCCAUAGCACUCGAAAAGCCUUAGCUGCGGCUCCAUUACAAUUUGCAGUUGUUUUUAGGUCAUGACUUACAUUAAUUUCCAAGUCCUUUUGUCCCCUAACAUCUGACGGUUGUGUCCCCCAGGGAGUACGACGUAUAAGACUCCUGACAUAGGUGCAUUACCGUGCUUUUCUUGGAAUUAAUUUCCAGACUCCAGCACCAACCUUUUAUCAUUAUUAUUUACAGUUUAACACAUUUUAAUAUCGUCCGAAAAUAAUAAGGAAAAUGAGGUAAGAAUUUUUGGCAGUUCAUUUACUUAUAAUUCCGGAAAGUACGUAGAUUACCGAUACAUCCAUUUAUUCGGAACUUACCAGGUUUCUGUUAAUUUGUGUGCUCCUGUUGUAAGACCUGCAACGACCACUUCUUACGUAAUGCAUUCCACAAUUCCUAUCUACAAAAAAUGGAGAAACCUGAGAUGUAUUCUUGGACGUUCUGGACCAUUUCAGCGGUCAGAAUUUGAACCAUCAGAUGAACUUUUAAGCAUGGUCAAAGAACACGUGAAAAUUCUUGUCAUUGGCGCUGGCGGUUUGGGUUGCGAGCUUCUGAAAGAUCUUGCGAUGAUGGGUUUUUGUCACCUAGAAGUCAUAGAUAUGGAUACAAUUGACAUUUCUAAUUUGAACAGACAAUUCUUGUUUCGACCACAUGAUGUUGGCAAACCUAAGGCUAAUGUUGCUGCUGAGUUUAUUAUGCGUCGAGUUCCUACAUGCAAAGUGAUUCCACAUUACAAAAAAAUUCAAGACUUUGAUGAAUCUUUUUAUCAGCAGUUUAAUGCAGUCGUCUGUGGUUUGGAUUCAAUAAUAGCUCGGCGGUGGAUUAAUUCGUUGCUGGCAAGUUUAGUGCGUUAUGAUACAAAUGGUCAACCAGAUCCUAACACUGUAAUCCCGCUUGUUGAUGGUGGGACAGAAGGAUUCAAAGGACAUGUUCUUGUUGUUCUCUAUGGUUUAACUGGAUGUCUAGAGUGUACACUAGAUCUUUAUCCACCUCCAGUUAAUUUCCCUUUAUGCACAAUUGCGCAUACUCCUCGACUUCCAGAACAUUGUAUAGAAUAUGUGAGAAUAUUGUUAUGGCCUAAAGAAAUUCCUUUUGGAGAUGGCGUUGCCAUUGACGGUGAUUCACCUGAACACAUACAAUGGAUAUAUGAAAAGUCGUGUGAAAGAGCUAAAUACUAUGGUAUAUCUGGUGUUACACUACGCCUUGUACAAGGUGUUGUAAAACGAAUCAUCCCUGCUGUCGCAUCGACAAAUGCUGUGAUUGCUGCUGCCUGUGCAACUGAGGUUUUCAAACUGAUCACAUUCUGUUAUAAUUAUUUAGAUAGUUAUAUGAAUUUCAGUGAUAUUGAUGGAGUGUACACAUACGGUUUUUCUGUUGAACGUAAACCUGACUGUCUUGCAUGUAACAAUGUACCACGGAAAAUUUCAUUUCAGACUACAUCUAAACUGAAAGAUGUUAUAGAGUAUUUGAAAACAAAUCCUGAAUUUCAAAUGCAAUCACCCAGUAUUACAACUAUGUGUAAUGAUGAACACUGUUCAUUGUUUAUUGAUCUCCCAGAAUUAGCUGAUACACUUAGACCGAAUUUAUCUAAAACUCUUAAAGAUCUCGGUCUUAUAGACGGUCAACUAAUUCAUGUUAGUGAUGUAACCACGCCUAGGACACUUUCUUUCCAACUUCAAUUGGAUUCUACAUCUAAUACUGCUGGAGAUGUGAUAAUGAACAGUCAAUGAUACCAGAUUGAAUUUACAUCGAUUGAAUAGUGUAUCAUUCAUUGGUGAUCUGCUCACGUCAGUGCAGUGAUGAACAUAUGUCUACAGGAUAUAUAAGAUCGUUAUUGUAGUUUUCACUGUCUUUCUUCCCUUGUUGAGGAGUUAUUUGUAUUACGCAACCAUAAUGUCCUUUGUUUUGUGUAUAACCCUAAUAAAUCUGUAUUAUACUUGUAUUAGUUCUUCUUAUUUUCUUUUUGUCAACAAUUUCUAACUCAAUGAAUAAGCAACAGGUUUUUGACAACUAUUCAGUGUUUGGUUAUGUUCUUUCCCGUGUAUGAUGUUGAUUAAUGUUAUUCCUUGUUUUUUCUUUUUGAUUACAGCUUGAUUCCACACUGUAUUUUUGGUACAAGUAUGGAAUUUUCAUCAUGUGAUAUCGGUAGCCCAAAUUUUUCAGGCCGACCAUAGAUAUCAGGUGUACGUCGGCAGGGGAUCGAACCUCGGACCAUGUGCAUAGUCGGUGAGAGUCCUAACCGCUGUGCCACCGACG